AUGAAAAAAAUUCCCAACUACAGUAUCCCACGUGUUGGACCCGGUGAGAACGGCGAGGGGGUAUACUUAGAAGGAGAAGAAAAGAAGAUUGGCGAAGAACAAGUCAAGACCUUAUUUAUGAACGUUUUGGCAAGCGAUAAGAUUUCGCUAGAUCGCAGUAUUCCGGAUUCGAGAUCGCGAGAAUGCUUGGCACUUGCUUAUCCUAAGACUUUGCCUACUGCGUCAAUCGUCAUAAUAUUCACAAAUGAGUUUCUAUCUGCUGUUCUUCGGACAGUACAUUCGGUUGUCAAUAGAACGCCACCGGAACUGCUGAAAGAGAUUAUACUUGUAGACGAUCAAAGUGAUAGAGAGGAACUCAGAGAACCUUUGACUGAACACUUACAACGCUUUGGUUCAUUAGUGAAAUUGAUUCGAUCCACUGAAAGACUCGGCCUGAUCAGAGCAAAAAUGCGAGGUGCCAGAGAGGCCACAGGUGACGUUCUCGUAUUCCUCGACGCCCACUGCGAAGCAAAUGCUGGAUGGUGA